CAAAGAUGCAGUGCAUGGCAUCUUGGAACACGGAAGGAGUUCUUCAUAGUAUCCCCAAAUUGUGGGUUCAUUACAUGCUUGGCUUUAAUAGUAGCCACUGCUAUGGAUGAGCUGCAGCAGUGUAGCGCAGUAUGUAAAGUGAAGUACAGAUAUCAGCCAUUAAUUAUGUUUCGUUUUCUUUCCACAGUUAAGUUGAUUUUACAGAAUUUAUCAGGUCUUCAAAGCAGAAACAGGUGAUUUUUGCUGUGGGUUGAGCUCAGCAUGGCUGUAGUCAUCCGUUUACAGGGGCUUCCUGUUGUUGCGGGUCCUGCAGAUAUUCGUCGUUUCUUCUUGGGAUUGAAUAUUCCUGAUGGAGGUGUGCAUGUUAUUGGAGGAGAGAUUGGGGAGGCUUUUAUUAUAUUUGCAACAGAUGAAGAUGCACGGCGUGCCAUGAGCUGUUCAGGAGGGUUUAUCAAGGACUCACGCAUAGACCUCUUUCUCAGCAGCAAGGCAGAAAUGCAGAAUACCAUAGAAAUGAGCCGGAAACGAUUUGACCGUGGGGGACGAGAAACUAUGUCUGGCUCUAGAAGAACAGGUAAUAAUGGUCCUGGAGCAUCAGGUGUUGGAGACAUUCCACAUUUAGCCAUGGCUUUUCCAAAAGGAAUAGGUAAACCUGGUUAUGGUCCACCAAAUCAUCCGGAGGCUGGUUUCCAUACCAAUGGCACAAGACAUGGUGAUAUAGGUAUGCCUAAAUCAAGCUAUCAGUCAAGAAAGGAUCCUCAUCCAUUUAACCCAGAUGAUCUUUACUUAUUUCUGCGUGGUAUACCUUAUUCUGCAACAGAAGAUGAAGUACGUGCUUUCCUUUCUGGGAUAAAUGUGGAUGGAGUGAUUCUGAUAAAGCAUCGCAAUGGUUUGAACAAUGGUGAUUGCUUGGUAAAAUUUGCUACGCCUGGUGAUGCCUUAGAAGGACUUAAACGUCAUAGACAGUACAUGGGUCAGAGGUUUAUAGAAAUAAGCCCAUCUACAGAGAAACGGUGGAUUGAACGUGGUGGGAGGGUAGACGUGCCAAAUGAAAUUGAUUGCUUUUUGUGUGAAGACCGUUCUCCAAGAAGUUCAGUCUACAUGCAUUCAAGGAAGCAUUCUCAUUCAAGAUCACCAAGGAGACAAAGAACGCGUUCUCGUUCACCUCCCAGCCAGGAGUAUUACAUACACUUAAGAAAUCUGUCUACUAAUGUGGAGAAGAGAGAUCUGAGAGAUUUUUUCGCUGACCUGGAUAUAUGCAGCAAACAAAUCAAGCUUCUAAUGGAUAAGCAUCAGAGGAGGACUAGAGAUGCCUUUGUGAUGCUAAGGAGUGAGAGAGAUUAUCAGGCUGCUUUGGGAUGUCAUCGAAAAGUCCUUCUCAAUCGUCCUGUUUACAUUUUUCCAAUUUCAAGAAAGUCAAUGUUGAAAAUAAUUGAUUAUUGUGAGAGGAAAAGAUCACAGGACAGAGAUCAUUCUGGACAGGCCAUACCAGAAAAAAGUUAUCGGGAAGAUCAUUCUGGCCCUAGGAUGUGUGUUUAUGUAAGGAAUUUUCCAUUUGAUGUGUCAAAAAUUGAAGUGCAAAAGUUCUUUGAGAGAUUUGAUGUUGAUGAAGAAGAUAUUUACUUGCUCUGUGAUGACAAAGGAGUUGGGCUGGGAGAAGCAUUAGUGAAGUUUAAAUCUGAAGAAGAAGCCAUGAAAGCAGAAAAUUUAAAUCGUCGAAGAUUCUUGGGAACGGAGGUAUUAGUAAGACUUAUAUCUGAAGAGCAGAUGGAAAAGUUUGGUGUAACUGUACCAUUCUCUGCACCAAAUGAAAUGCAGGAUCAUUCACAUCCAUAUGACAGAGGUGAGCUUUCCCGUCCAGUUGGUUCACCAUCUGGGCCACCACAAGGGCCACCAAUGCAUUCAUUUGGUCCUCCUGGGAACUUUAGGCAUCCUUCUGAAUUUAGGCACCCUCCUGAGGACUUCAUGGGCCCUCCUAAGGAUUUUAGAGGUCCGCCACCCCUCAUGGAUUUUGGUGGUGACAGUGAACAUUUUGGCAGAAUGGAGUUUGGGAAUAAUAAAAUGGGAAGUUUUCCUGAAGGAAGAUUUAUGCCGGAUCCAAAUUUCAGUGGUGGUUCUGAACGUGUUGUUCCUAUUCGAUUGAAAAAUUUACCUUUUAAAGCUACUCCUAAUGAGAUUCUGGAUUUUUUCUAUGGCUACAGAGUGAUACCAGAGUCAGUUUCUGUACAGUAUAAUGAACAAGGAUUACCUUCGGGUGAUGCCAUCGUCGCUAUGACAAACUAUGAGGAAGCUAUGGCUGCUAUUAAUGAACUGAAUGAUAGGCCAAUUGGUCCACGGAAAGUUAAGUUGAGCUUGCUGUAAAGGAGGAAAAGAUACUCUAGAAUAAAACAUUCUAGAUUUGACAGUAUUGGCGGUUAUUUUCACUUUUUUAAUUACUGGAAGAUGCAGAAGAAACAGUUUCCAUCAACGGUUGUAAAUAAUAUCUAGUUCAGUUGUUUAGCUACUGGUUGAAAUAUCUAUAUGGUUAAGAUAUGAGAACUGUAUUGUGCCUAGUUCUUGUGGCAGAGAAGAGCCCAGAAAUUCUGGAGGACAUUGAAUGUCUUUACAUCAAGGUAUAAAAGCAUGGAGUUGUAAUGCUUUGGGUUUUUUUUAGUUUGCUUUGAUUCCACAUCCCAUGACUUUGCAUCAAAUAAAAAUGCAAGUGCUGGCUAACUGGCCACAUAGACGGUUCAAAUGGAAGAACUACCUGCAUUAGUAAAUAACAUUUCUUACUGCGGUUAGCUUAAUAAAAUUAAAAAAUAAGUGUUGUGGUUUUUUUUUUUUGUAUAAACUGUUCAGGGUUUUUUUUGGUUUCAUGUGGUUUCAGGCAUUCCUAUUAAAAAAAGAAAAAAGAGCUUCCUGUUCACAUUAGCUGGCUUUGCAAAGUUUUUUUUAAUAAAAAAGAAAUUGCCAUUAAA